AAUUUAACCUUUUUUAGCUCUCUAAAAGGCACUUCCGCUUGUCCUAAGCGUUAUCUCGCUAAAAUGAUUUGGUCACCAUGGUCCGAACCUUCGGGAACAUCUAAUCGAACUUGAUUUUCAGUCCAUUGGUCAAAUACCGUAUUGAUUUGACUCUUUCAUUUUCGCGGAUACAAUGAAAACCAUUCCAUCCUUGGAUAAUUUACUCGCGGGUUUCCUACGCACUUGUUCCAUCACCGAAGAGAACUCUGCUCUCGUAAGAUCAUAUGGACCUGCCAUGAAAAUCAUGCUCAAACUCCCUUGGGUGUUCUCUAACGCUCCUGGGAUUACUGAUCAUGGGGUUAGAAGCAAUGAAGCUUUUUUUAGAUACUUGGUAUCCAAUCGGAAAACGUACAUCUUCAGUGCGGGUUGCAUUUCAACCCGUCAGCUCGAGAGACAAAUGCCCAAUGAAUUGAAAGUGGUGGUGGAGAUAACCAAAAUUUUGCACAAGCAAAGACAAGAAAUAACAAUUGAAAGUCUCCAGGAGAUCAUUGACAAGGAUAAAGUGUUCAAUCUAAGCCUGAGAUUAAGGAACCAGACUAGCACCCAAGAGUUUCUUGAGGUUCAUUCAAACUUCUUUGCCACCGACAAAAGUGGAGAAAUAAGGCCGAGGAUUAUCACUCUUUACAAGUACAACUAUCGAACACAAGAAGCUAAAAGAGUGAACUCUCUCAUCGUCAUUGAAUUGAUCCGAAGUUACACCAAAGAAAUUGGCACUCCCAUCGACAUCGUCCAAUUAUACAACUACCUCCAUGAGAUCAGUUUUGGUGUUCGUUUCUCCGCCCUUCAGAAGUUUGUAUUCAAAUUUUACCAUUCAUCCUACAUAUUGAUUUGCCCAGAGUCUCAACCAAGUUUGACAAAACCUCGUCCGAAAAUAUCAGAAAGUGACAUUCUUAAAAUUAUCUGGGACACCAUGGCACAAUGGCCAGUCACUUUGAGCAAGAUUCGCGAGGAGUUGAAUCAAAAAGGAAUUUCCAUGGCCAAUUGUGCAAUCAGGUCAAUCAUCGAGGGCCAUUUCCCCGACCACAUUAUACAGGGUGGUUUUGUAUUACAAAACCACCAACCGUAUAUGAAAUCAGUACAAGAAAUCUUAAAGAAACAAUGCCCGAUGUCCUUGACUGAGCUUCGUAAGACCUUAGUAUCCACGGGAGUCGACAUUUCGCGGACAAUCCUGACGGACUUGGUUGUCAAAAGUCUUGCCGGAUAUUUUACGUACAAGGGAGAAAUCUAUUUGCCCACCUCAAAAGAAUCAGGCGAACUUAUGGCGGAUUUCAUCUUGAACCAGCUCCAUCUUAUAACGGAAGGCAUUUGCCCGAUCCUGUUAGAAGAUGUCGUGAUCCAGCUUGCCUCCAAAAGAAUUUUGAUCACUAAAAUGAAGCUCAAAAGCAUUAUUGCCCACCAUUCAGAAAUCUAUAAAUGUGAUAAAAACUUUGUUUGCAUGAGUGAAAAUGGUAUGGAAGCUCCCGAUUCAGUGGAAGUCAUUCCCGAAACCAUUAAUCCUCAAGAUAUCGAUAAACCGAAAAUUGAACCUCAAGACAUCGACCUCCCAAGAAUUGAGCCUCAAGAAAUGGACCUUCCCAAAUUUGAGCCUCAAGAAAUGGACCUUCCCAAAAUUGAGCCUCAAGAUACGGACCCUCCCAAAAUUGAGCCUCAAGAUAUGGACCUUCCCAAAAUUGAGCCUCAAGAAAUGGACCUUUCCAAAAUUGGGCCUCAAGAAAUGGACCUUCCCAAAAUUGAGCCUCAAGAAAUGGACCUUCCCAAUAUUGAGCCUCAAGAUAUGGACCUUCCCAAAAUUGAGCCUCAAGAUAUGGAUCGCGCCAAAAUGGAUCCUCAAUCUGUUGGCGAAUUGGUAUCCCAUCUGAAGAACUUAGUUGAGAACGACAAUAAUUCCGUGACGGAUUUGAAUGGGAACCUGAUUUUCACAAAAGCGUAUUUAGAUGAAAUCUUCAAUGGGAAUGAGGCUUAUACACAUCUCAAGAGUAUCAUUGUGACCGAAGAUGGAAUUGGACUUGCAAAGAAACCUCAGACCCGAUUGAAGCCGAAUUCUGAAGGAACGGCUGAAAUCGAAGAGGCCAAUUCCCUAGUUCGAAGACUUCAACCUGACAUUGAUAAAUCCAAGAUAUUGACAUCAAUGUCCAAAAGCAAAAACUGCCCCAAAGAUGAUGGAGCCAACAUAUCGGAUUUUGAUGCAUCCACUAGCCAUGGGUUAGUUACUUCGCCUAAAAGAAAACCGAAGCCUCGACCAAAAAACGGCUGGAAACAAGACAAGAAACGACUCAAAAGGGGCGUGGGCUCAUCCAAGUGCCCAUCGAUUGAUUGAUUUUGCUGCUUGACACGUUUCAUGUUCAGAACAGUUGUGAUGCAGUAUUAUGACUUUGGAGGUUGGGUCUGUUCUGUGUUAAAUGCUUCAGCUUAUGCUUCACAUUCAAAAGUUAUGUUCAUGCUCACAGUAGAGUGGAUUAAAGUGCAAAUAUUUUUAAA